AAUUUAAAUUUAUUACACACUCUUUUAUUUUAAAAAAUAAAUUUUUGUAUGAACAACAUAUGUUGUUAGCUAGAUAAGCUGCUAGCAUAUAAAUAUAUAUAUAUAUAUUUUGUAUUCAUACACAUUUUCACUCUCAUUGUGUGUGUGUUUUCAUGUGUGCAUAAUUAAAAUAAGACGAUGGUUCUGUUUUCGCGUUUCGUAGUGGUUCUGUUUCUUGUCACGGUGGUGUCGCGUUUCUCUUUGGCUAAUGCUAGAAAUGGGUUUGAAGUUGUCGAACAUUUGAAUAGAUUGAACAAACCUUCAUUGAAAUCAAUUAAGAGCCCAGAUGGUGAUAUAAUAGAUUGUGUACAUAUUUCUCAUCAAGCAGCUUUUGAUCAUCCUUCCCUUAAAGAUCACAAAGUUCAGAUGAGGCCAAGUUAUCAUCCAGAAGGGAUGAAAUAUGAGAGCAUGAAAGGAUCAUCAGAAAAUGAGGUUCAAAUAAUGACUCAAUUAUGGCAUUCAAAAGGGAGUUGUCCAAAAGGAACAAUUCCAGUUAGAAGAACAAAACAGGAGGAUAUUAUGAGGGCCAGUGCUAUCAAGAAUUAUGGCAAGAAAAACAGUUUGUCUAGUGUUGCACAACCUAAUUCAAUUGAUCUUGAUCUCAUCAACCAAAAUGGACAUCAGCAUGCAAUUGCAUAUGUUCAAGGAGAGUUUUAUGGAGCAAAAGCAACUAUGAAUGUAUGGGACCCUCAAAUACAACAGCCUAAUGAAUUCAGUUUGUCUCAAAUUUGGUUAUUAGGAGGCUCAUUUGCUUCGGAUCUCAACAGUAUUGAAGCUGGUUGGCAGGUCAGCCCGGAUCUAUAUGGAGAUAACAACACCAGAUUCUUCACAUAUUGGACUAGUGAUGCAUAUCAAGCCACGGGCUGUUACAACCUUCUGUGUUCAGGAUUUAUUCAAAUCAACAAUGAGAUAGCAUUGGGGGCCAGCAUAUCUCCUAUUUCUAAAUACCAUGCUUCACAAUAUGAUAUCAGCAUACUUGUAUGGAAGGACCCCGAGCAAGGGAACUGGUGGAUGCAAUUCGGUAAUGGAAAGGUUCUUGGAUACUGGCCAGCCUCACUCUUUUCUUACUUAACCGAGAGUGCAUCAAUGAUCCAAUGGGGAGGUGAGGUGGUGAACUCAGCUUCUGAUGGGCAACACACGACAACCCAAAUGGGCAGCGGUCAUUUCCCUGAAGAAGGAUUUGGUAAGGCCAGUUACUUCAGAAACGUUCAAGUAGUGGAUGGAUCAAACAGCCUGAAGACUCCUAAAGACAUAGACACGUUCACCGAGCAACCCAAUUGUUACGACGUUCAAACAGGGAAAAAUGGUGAUUGGGGCAGCUACAUUUUCUAUGGUGGACCAGGCAGAAACCCGAACUGCCCAUAAAACUUGAUUUUGAAAGAACUAAAACAACUGAUGCAUUUGGCAAUAUCUUAUUGUAGGUGUAAUUAUGUACGGGUCUUCUAAUUCAGUGUACUUCGUGCAUCUCAUACGGGUACGUUAGAAACAAAACAUUGCUAUGAAUAUAUUUUUUUUUUCCGGUUUGGGUUUGGGAUUGGAGAUUUUAAAUCACGGCAACUCUACAAAGCUGCGAUUCUGCCAAGUGUAAUUAUUUGGGCUUGUCGUCUCUAUAUGAAAUUGUGACAUAUGUAUUGUAUUGUAUUGUGUUGUAGACAGUAUAAAUUUAUAAUGACAUUUUAAUUUGUUAUUUUA